UCAUGGAGUGGAAAGUUAUUGCAAUUUGCAAAGCACCUAAUUCAAAUUCAUGCGCAUAACAGAAUACUGAAAUUAUUAUUAAAAAACAGAACACUCAAAUUAGAUACAUUCAAAUUGCAUGCCCAGAGUACUAGCAUGCCAGAUAACCACAGUGCCCAAUUGUACUGCAAGUGCUUGGUAUUCCAUGCAACAAGCAUGGCACAGGGGGGUCCCUUCCCCACCUGAGUUCUUGUGGCAAAAUGAACGCCCCCAAGACUAGAAGCAAGAAGGCCCUCUCAAAAAAUAGAAAAUGAAAGCAAGCCGCCUCUGACCCCCAUGAAGCAGAGAGGAAGGCCUUCCUCUCCACCCGUCCCUGACUGCCGCCAUGCCUCCCUGCCGCCUCCUAGUGUAAGAUCUCUAGAUCCUAUCCCUUAUUGACGAUGUCCCCUUGAAUUUGCCACCAUGGAAUUUACUAGUUUAACACUGAAUUUGCCUUUGGUACUUGGUUUAACGUUAAGACCAUGGUAAAUUCUGUAGGUAGGAAGAGUGGACAAGCGUUAGCUUGUUCAGUGAAGACGAGUUUUUAUGCCCCUCUAAACCCGGCACCCGCACAUCCAACGUGCUUCCCUCCCGUUCAACAAACCAUGGAGGACAUGCCACUUCCGCUUCUGAUUGGUUCCCUGUUCAUAAUUCUCGCCAUGUGGUACAUUCUCUUCCACCAUGGCAGCGAAAAUAAUGCCAAGUGGUCGCGACUGCCGCUGCCACCUGGUCCGUGUGGGUGGCCUUUACUGGGUAACCUGCCACAGCUUGGCGCGAAGCCGCACCACACGAUGUGUGCGCUAGCGUGGGAGCACGGCCCUCUAUUCAGGCUCCGGCUCGGCAGCACCGAGGUGGUGGUGGCCUCGUCGGCCGGGAUUGCCAUGCAGUUCCUGCGCCACCAUGACGCCAACUUCAGCAACCGCCCUCCCAACUCUGGCGCCGAGCACAUUGCGUACAAUUACCAGGAUCUGGUGUUUGCUUCCUACGGCACACGGUGGCGCGCGUUGCGUAAGUUGUGUGCACUCCACCUCUUCUCAGCCAAGGCGCUCAACAACCUCCGCAAUGUUAGGGAGGGCGAGGUCAGGCUAAUGGUAAGGGAGCUAGCGUGGGCAGCAGCUGGCCCUGCGCCAGCAGUUGCGCUGGGGCAGCAGGCUAACAUGUGUGUGACAAACACGCUGGCUCGGGCGACCAUCGGAAGACGCGUGUUCGCAGUCGACACUGCCAGGGAGUUCAAGGAGAUGGUAGUAGAGUUGAUGCAGCUCGCAGGCGUGUUCAACUUGGGUGACUUCGUACCAGCGCUUCGGUGGCUGGAUCCACAGGGUGUUGUUGCCAAGAUGAAGAGGCUGCACCGCCGGUAUGACAACAUGAUGAACGGGUUUAUUAAGGAGAGGGAGCCUGCCUGCCUCAGUGCUGGGGCUGAAGCCAAGGACUUGCUAAGUGUGAUGCUGGUGAAGAUGCGAGAGCAGCAGCCGCUGUACCAUGAGGAGGGAAAGUUGACCAAUACUGACAUCAAAGCUCUUCUCCUGAAUCUGUUCACGGCUGGGACGGACACGGCAUCUAGCACGGUGGAAUGGGCACUGGCCGAGCUGAUCCGGCACCCAGACGUCCUCAAGCAGGUGCAGCGUGAGCUCGACGUCGUGGUGGGAAAUGAUCGCCUCGUGUCAGAGUCCGACCUGCCGGGCCUCACCUUCCUCCCCGCAGUCAUCAAGGAGACGUUCCGGCUCCACCCUCCAACGCCGCUAUCACUUCCUCGGGUGGCUGCCGAGGAGUGCGAGGUCAAUGGCUACCACAUCCCCAAGGGCACCACUCUCCUCGUCAACGUAUGGGCGAUCGCUCGUGACCCGGCCUCAUGGCCUGACCAUCCAUUAGAGUUCAGGCCCGUGCGUUUCCUCCCAGGUGGGUCACAUGAGAGUCUGGACGUCAAGGGUAGUGACUAUGAGCUCAUACCGUUUGGGGCUGGUAGAAGGAUAUGUGCGGGCCUCGGCUGGGGCAUUCAGAUGGUGACACUGAUGACUACCACACUGGUACACGCGUUCGACUGGUCCUUGGUCGAUGGUAUGACCCCAGACAAGCUGGACAUGGAAGAGGCUUAUGGCCUGACACUGCAGCGGGCCAUGCCGCUGUUUGUUCAGCCGGUGCCCAGGUUACUGCCAUCAGCGUAUGCAAUGUGA